UCAUACUAAUCAUCGCUUACUUUCUAUCUAUCUACCUAUCUAAUUGGAAGGAAGAAAGAAAGAGAAGAGGAAGAGUGCCUGGACAUCCAUUACAAGAGAGAAGGAGAUGACCUAAUAUAACCCAAAGCCACCUGCUCCGACUCGGCUCCACCCCACACCCACAUCCUCCAUUCCCCUCCUCCUGUCGUCUCUGCUCUGCCUUCGUCGUAUCAUGGUAUCUCCGCCCCAUCUUCUUGCUUGCUAUCUAGGUAGCUCCACCUCCAUCCACCUCUUGAGUUCGUUAUUCAGAUAGUAGAAAAUCAGUCAAAGAGGAGAAUUGGCGGCCGGCGGUUCAUCGUCAUCAUCAAGUCAACACACAGAGCAACAGAAGCAGAUUGGGGAGCAGAAUUGUUCUGUUGGGCUCCAGCCUCCAGAUUGAGGAGCAGGCAGAAACAGCAAGAGAUCGAGGAGACAAAGAAAGAAAGACUGAGAUGGACAAGUACGAGCCGGUUCGGGAGAUCGGGGCGGGCAACUUCGGUGUGGCGAAGCUGAUGCGGAACAAGGAGACGCGGGAGCUGGUGGCCAUGAAGUUCAUCGAGCGAGGGAACAGGAUCGACGAGAAUGUUUUCCGCGAGAUCGUCAACCACCGGUCCCUUCGUCACCCCAACAUCAUCCGCUUCAAGGAGGUUGUGCUGACGCCGACGCACCUCGCGAUCGUGAUGGAGUACGCGGCCGGCGGCGAGCUGUUCGAGCGCAUCUGCGAGGCCGGGCGGUUCCACGAGGACGAGGCGCGCUACUUCUUCCAGCAGCUGGUGUGCGGGGUGAGCUACUGCCACGCCAUGCAGAUCUGCCACCGCGACCUCAAGCUGGAGAACACGCUGCUGGACGGCAGCCCGGCGCCGCGCCUCAAGAUCUGCGACUUCGGCUACUCCAAGUCGUCGGUGCUGCACUCGCGCCCCAAGUCAACGGUCGGCACGCCGGCCUACAUCGCGCCGGAGGUGCUGUCCCGCCGCGAGUACGACGGCAAGCACGCCGACGUCUGGUCCUGCGGCGUCACGCUCUACGUCAUGCUCGUCGGCGCAUACCCGUUCGAGGAUCCAAAGGACCCAAAGAACUUCAGGAAGACGAUCUCGAGGAUCAUGUCGGUGCAGUACAAGAUCCCAGAGUACGUGCACGUCUCCCAGAACUGCCGACACCUGCUCUCCCGCAUCUUCGUCGCAAACCCCUACAAGAGGAUCACCAUGAGCGAGAUCAAGAGCCACCCCUGGUUCCUCAAGAACCUGCCGCGGGAGCUCAAGGAGGAAGCGCAGGCCGCCUACUACAGCCGCCGGGGAGGAGACGCCGCCGGCGCAAGUGGCAGCAGCAACAAUGCCAAUGCCAAUGGCAACGCCCCCGCCGCCACCUACUCGGCGCAGAGCGUCGAGGAGAUCAUGAGGAUCGUGCAGGAGGCACAGACGGUGCCCAGGGGGGACAGGCCCGUCUCCGGCUACGGCUGGGGCGCCUCGGACGACGAGGAGGAGGCAGAGCAAGACGAGGAGGAACAAGACGACUACGACAGGACGGUGAAGCAGGUGCACGCCAGCGGGGAGUUCGACAUGAGCAAGCUUCACAUCUGAAUCUGAUGAUGAUUAGCGUGCAUGCACUCCAAACCAAAUCUGAUGAUUAGCAUGCAGGCAUUCUGUGUUCGUUCUAGUACUACCUACUAGUUACUUCUGCAUACACCCUGCGGCGAACGCGCCAUUAAUUUUUGUUAGCGCUCUGAUCUCUCCCUUCCUUUUGAGCCAUCCAUCUACUGCAUCUACUUCCGUUAUGUUCUGUAAGUUGCUAGUGUUACUGCUUCAACUUCAACUCACCACUUGAUAUGCAUGUAUGAUUUUCAUCUCUACCAUCUGAAGAAACUGCAGUCAACAAUGGGGCUGCA